AACACAGACACGAGGGUGCUUACCCAAAGGCCUGGACGCCUCGUUCGGUGGUAAAGCAGACGCAGAAGCGAAUCCCUCUGUAUAGCGGGUAGAAGACAGAAGACAGAAGUGCACAACCUUACUCAUCCUUCGCAUGCACAUCAUUGUGUCUAAGGUAUCUACCAGAGAGCCGACCGUACCGACAGGGAAAAGCGAAGAGUGGAAAAAGUAGAAACUUACCUCAGCCUACCUGGGUAGAUGAGAUAGAUGUGCGUGGCUGAAACGGCGCAUCGAAGGUCGAUCUUUGUGGGUUUGGCUGUGAGCGAGUGAAAGCGAGUGAGCAGAGAGUGAGGGGAGAUUAGCAAGGGUCGGGCGCAGCAGGGAAAGACAAGCAAAGCAAGCAAGCAAGUAGCGAAAGCGUUCUCCACGUUUGAAUCCUUCAGGGCUGUCAGUUACCUAAGGAAGGUAGGUAUCUAGGUAAGAUGGCGAUGUACCUUUUUUGGGAGGCAUCUCAAGCACGUGCACAUGCUGUUGUGAGGACGAACCGACCAAAACGGGCGAUGCGAUGCGUGGAUUUGACCGUUACGAUCACUCUCGCCUCCCUCAGAACGUGCUCGCCAUUCCCAAACGGUGCCCGUUCACGCGCGCAAGAGCCGCAGAGCAAGAGCGGAAAGGGACCAAUCCGCGAAACACGCCUCACGGUUGCGGCAGUUCUCUUUUUGUUGCUGACGGGAGAUAGGGAGUGAGUGGGGUGGAGGGGGUGGUGAGCUCGCACGACUGC